AGAAGGAGGAGGAGGAAAGGGAAGGAGUUAACGCAGCUCGGUGUAUCGCGUCGCUGUCUGGAUGUUUGAAGUUGCUCCGACCGCCAGGAGCGGAGCGGAGAGGAGCGGAGCGCGGAGCCCAUUUUUCCGCUUCGUGCAGCAGGAGCGACACACGGGGCUGCCGCUGCCGAGCUCCGCCAGGACCGCGACCGCACCAGCCGCCGUGUGCUUUGGAGAAACAUGUGAUGACCCACGCAAGGCAGACCGCUUCCCUCAGGCAGAACCAAACUAAUUCUGACUGGUGGGACACCAGCCAUACCUGGCCUCAUGGUGGCACUAUGGGCGGCGACUGGCCUGAGCGUACCUUACGUUUCGGCAGGACAAAGAAGAUAAGUGGGGUCACAAGACAAAGGAAAGACCAAGAGCCCAAGAGGAUGAACGAGAAGAAAGAAGGAAGAAGAAAGUCAGACGAGAGCAGACAGCUUGACCAAAGGCGAGACAAGAAACGGGUCCGAAAGUUGUACCCGCUGCGUGGUCGGGGUGGGAAUCCAGAGGAGCUCAGCUGCCAUGUUCUUCUUACCCGAUUGGAGGAAGGCUCACGGGAAAAGGGCAGGUCUAAAGGCAAAGGAGGAAAAGACGGGUCCAAAACCAAACCACAAAUGGACAAAACCAGAGACAGGAUGAAGGCAAAGUCACUACCAAAAACCAAACUAAAAUCAAAACACAAAGGUCUGGCUGACUAUCCUGAGCUGAGAGACUUGCAGCCACGCAAGCGCAGACUGGCGUCUCUCAAUGCUGAGGCAGUGAAUAGUUUACUGCUUGAAAGACCCACCGACGCCCAACCAGUGGCCAAACAGGCCAGGAGGCAGGAGGAUCCUCUGGACGGAGCGGUUUCUUUGGAUACAGCCAGAAGUUUUUUGCCUGGAAGUCUGAAAGCCUCACGAGGCAACAUUAGUAAAGUCUCUCCACCCAACAAGGUUGAACUGUGCCAAAGUCCUAAGCCGAGCAAGAAGGCUAAAACCAGCCGGGGCGAUGAAAGAGUCUGGAUGAGUCAGGAGUGUUUAGACGCACCUGCACCAAGACGACUAGCUGGACUCAAUGCUGCAGCCCUGCUGAAGUUAACAAGCUCCUCAGCAACCAGUAAGCAGAGAGUAAAGGCAGCACCCACCGCAACCGUUACGUCCAACUCUACGGCUCUUGCCGCGGCCUUCACCCCAAAGCAGCACCACAGCGUCAAACUCCAAAACAAGCACCACUUGCAAAAGAAAGGCAAGAAGCCUCCUCCACCACCAAGUGGUUGUUCAGCCUGCAAGAAAAAAGCGGACUUUGAACCCAAGGUGGAGUGGGAGACGAGCAACUGCACCCACCGCCUGACCAAACCAGGGUAUCAGUCUCGUAGCAUGCUAGGUUUCCCGCUAAAGCAGGUGAAGGAGGAGCAACUGGAAACUGAACUGAGCCCAUACUACUGCUGCCCCCCAGAGGGUUCUGUGGAGUACUGCCACCGCUUGGCCUGCUUCCUCGGCCAGCAGCCGUACGGAGACUCCGAUGACCAGUCUCUAAACUCAGCCAUGACCCCCGUGAAGCCAGAGUGCCUAGUAACCUCGCCAUCUCUCUCACAUUCCCACCCACACCGAGCACUUGCCCUUACCCCGCAUCCAUGCCUCUGUACCGCUGACCACUGCUUCCCCGGCUACUACGUCCACAUCACCCACCCAACGCACACUGGACAGACUUCAGCAGCCCUAGCCACGCGACCUCUCAACUUCAGCUCCACCGGCUUGUGCCCCAGGCACAUUACCGGAUCCAAGCUCCUGGGGGGUCAGGUGUCGCACCCAUCCGGUUUAGGCCACCCCGCCUACUGCAACUCUGUGGCUUCCCCCUGUUACGGAGAUGCCUGCGGGAUCAGUGGCUACAGCUACAGAGCGCUGCCUCCAGUGACGGCCAGCGGUUGUUCUUUUAGUGCAGGAUGUACCGGAUGUACGCACAGCAUCAAGACAGAGGCUUACACAACCCCACAGGGCGACCACAGCCCUUCCCUUCUGGUUCCCCCCACCAUGCCAAUCGCCCAGUGUCCACUGUCCGGUGUGCCCACUUCCACACAGACUAAAAGCCGCCUGCUGACCCCUCUGUCUGGCCUAGAUCAGCCCCAGGCCAUGUUAAAGCUAGCUAAGGAAUGCCCUCAGAGUACAAAGGCCUCCAACGGCUCCUCCGUGGGCCACACCCGGCUCCUGACGAAACAGGCGAUCUCGGUGCCCAGCCUCGGCAGCGGCAAGCAGAAGAAGAUCAGCCGCAGACGUGCAACGAACGGCUGGCGGCCUGUUGGCAUCCCCACAGACAGGGAGGUCUUUGUUGCGGGAGAAGAUGAGGCCGCAAUGCGGAGGUGUUACGAGGGAGUCGAACGGGACGGCGAAGUGAUCCGUAUCAGAGACACAGUAUUGCUGCGAUCCGGUCCCAGGAAGAAGUCCCUGCCGUAUGUUGCCAAGAUAUCAGCAUUGUGGGAGGACCCCAAAACAGGAGAGCUGAUGAUGAGCCUUUUCUGGUACUACAGACCCGAGCACACCCAGGGAGGCCGAGAUCCCAGAGCACACUGUGAGAAUGAGAUUUUCGCCUCUCGGCAUCAGGAUGAAAAUAGUGUGGCCUGCAUAGAAGACAGAUGCUACGUUCUCCCUCUAGCCCAGUACUGUCGAUUUUGUGCCUUGGUGAAGCGGCGUGCCGAAGGCGCCCCACCUGGCAGGGCCAGCAUGGUGCCCUUCCGGCCCGACUUCGCCCCUCCCUCCCACCGCUGCGUGCCCAUGGACGUCGACCCCGAGCUGGUGUACCUCUGCCGGCACGUCUACGACUUCCGAUACGGACGCAUCUUGAAGAACCUGCAGUAGAGCGGGAGCCUCCCCCGUCUCUCCCCCGUCGUCGCACCUUUGAAUCAGUCGUCGCAAUCGUCCACCUUCGCAGAGGAGGGGCAGCUGAAGGACUGAAGACCUCCACCUAACCCCCGUUCGCGAUCAGUGUGAAAAGCGGGGUGACUGGGGGGUGGGAGGGGUUGCAUGUACACAUUAUGAAGCACAGAUCCCUUUAGUUACAUACUUAGAAGUUAGAAUGUCUUAGGGAAUCUCAGCUCAGUCAGAGAGCUAAACUCCAUCCAGCCGCUCAGAUUUUCCCCACCUCGCCUUCCCAGCCAGAAAUGCCGAGCGCCAGGUCGAGCGGCGCGCCGGUCAGAACCGCGUCUCCUCCCUCUGAAGCACGUUAGCGCAACAAUCAUGUUUGUUCCGUUUGAGAGCCACCGGCGCAGCGACGGUCCGGCACGCCGCUCCGAUGCUUCCAGGGAAACACGAGGCCGGCCCUGUCAGCUCCGCGUUAACGCCGCUCGACAAGCAUGGGUGAAAGAGCAGCUAAUGGAGAGUGUCAUCCUUUCUCCCCUGAUUUGACUCUGCACAUCGUGCGUGUGUGUGUGUGUGUGUGUUUGUGUGUUGAGUGUUAUUGCUGAGGUUAAAUAUAGUGACAUUUAGGAGGCUUCUAGGUAAUCAAACCAAGCAAGAAAGUAGCUUUAGAUGAAGUGGAGCGGGUUUCUUUUGUUGUUGUUUUUUUUUCCUCCCGCUGAAUUGAACAUUUUCACAUCGAGCAACUGAUUGGGCUUGAGGGCAAAGAUCACCUUGUAUUCCUGAUAACAUAUGGUUAUUACUUAUAUGGUGAGAAAAAAUCCCAGUCAGUCGAGUUUGUUAAUCGACUGACUGAAGAAGAAGCGUGUUGUGCUUAUUUGAGGUAAAUAGCGAGACCACGCUGAUAUCAGGCUGCACAUGACGACCCAUGUUUUGACUUUAUGCACGUAAUAUAAUAGACCAGAAAGCAGAAACAGUACCUUGCAAAAAUAUUCAUUCCCCUUAAGCAUGUUCCUGUGUUACAAACCACGGAUUUUAAUGUAUUUCAUGCUGGUUUUAAUGCGUUAGACCAACACAAAGUUGCACAUAAUAGAAAAGCUGUCAUGUAAAUGUAGUUUUUUUACUAACUAAAAAAACAGCAGCAUGUACUCCUGGAUGUUUGCUAAUAUUUUGUUUUUUUUGUCACUUUUCCUUCUUUCCUUCAUUUGUGGAUCAGCUGACUUUCAGUUCAACCAGAUGUGUUUGGAAAGCAAUUUGUUCCAGGGCGUUGAAUACAAAUGGUCAACUUUUGAGAUUUCGGUUGUGAGAUAAAUUUGACUUAUUUGGCACUACUGCGUGUUGGUCUUUCACUUACAAUCAACGUUCAGCACGUCUAAGGUUGUGGUUGUGACGAGACAUAAAAUUUGCGAAUACUUUUGCACCGUACUGUAUUUCAGUUCCUUUCCAGUCUCCACGUUUAGGGCAGUUUUCAUGUCGCCAACUCGCGCCCGAUUCCUAAUCCCUGCAGCCCGUUCAGGAGGAACCAGAGGACGUGGCGCAAAUUUGAACGCCCCGAAUCUCCGUCUCGUCGUCAGCACUUGUCCCCAUGUUUUGUUGCACUAAAACAAUCCCUCAUGAAAACACGCGAUCACCUCUUUGUUUCGUAUUGGAGCUGCUGAGACAUUGGCGGGACGUGAAAGACGGGGCUUACUGUAGCGCAUUUGUUCGGGUGUUUUUAUUGCGAAGGAGACCUUACGGAUGUAACGGUUUGUGCAAACUGUUCGUUUUGAUGAGUCCAGAGACCAGAGACGAGUCGACCAACAUGUUUGCCAUGGCAACUUGACGCUCUUUGUACUGGAUGAAAUCAGAAUGGAUCUAGAGUCAUUCCUUUCUCUUUUCCCCCUCACAUAUAAUCCUAUAAAUACUUGGUAUAUAUUUAUGUAUGUAUUCACACUGUUAAUGUGACUAGAUGUGCAGAAGGCUUCAGGAUUCAGUCCUGUCUUGCUGUGCAGGCAAUCGUAGCACUGUGAUAGAUGUGUGACUGGACUGAAGGGGUGUUUCCAUGCUUUCAGAUGAAGCUUUUGCCGAUUACAAACCACGCGCCCUCUCAUUGCCUCCAAACCUGCCACUUUAUUCCCCGUCGGCGUGCGUUCGAGUUCCAGCUGUAAAAGAUCCCCACUCUCUGAAGCCAUCUUUAUCCCCCACCCUCUUCUAUUUGAAGUGCAUCAAAACUAAAUCAAACCCUACAUCUCCUUCUUUUCCCCGCUGGAGUCUUCAAAAGGACAUGGAUAUAACUAUACAUUACAAUUCCUCCUCCUCCUAAAGAAUAUUUUAUUAUGUCGAUUUGCUAAGAUGGCACAUGUAAUAUAUUUUUUAGAAUUACUAUUUUUGAAGAAUGAACUUAAGAAAUCUUGACAAAGUAUAUGCAUUGCUUUUCUUUUCUUUUUUUUGUCCCAGUAGAUAUCGGGUCGGUCUAGAGUCGAUGUUUGACCAAACAAAAAAGAAAUAUAAGGAGAACAUAUCUAAACCCCAGGAAGCACGGGGCAAUCUUUAAACAAGCAGACAGCCAAUGCAGUGUAGAAAUUAUUAUUAUUUUUCCCUUGCAAGAUCUGUAAUAAUUAUAUUUAAAGUAUAUUUAAAUGGAGAAAACAAUUGAAUAUAUUAAGAUGUCAGUUUUAAGUUAUUUGGGACUAAUUAUGUAGAUCCUGCAUAUUUGUGCUUCAGGAUAGAAAGCAGUUUUUUUUGUUUAUUUGUAAUCUUAGAAGCUUAAUGAGGUUUAAUAGCAGAAACGUAACCGUAGGUUGGCUUCGUUGAGACCAGAGCAAUUUUCGCCGAAAGCACCUUCGCUCUGGAGGAGCUCCGUUCGGUUCCCGAGUGGCCGAACGGAAACCGGACCGACCUUGACGGGACAGUUCGGGACUUUUUCUAACUGAGGUUCUGUAAAUGUUACGAGCAGUUCAUAUCUUGCGACCUUCAACCUAUCCCUAUUCCUUUAGGCGUGUAGUUUGGGAGAAGCGUCACCGGAGCUUUCAUUGACGAGCUGAAGUCAAAAUGAGACAAACAGGGGACAGGAAGUUCCUCUGAGGUCCUAAGCUGAAACCAGAAACCCUGGUGCAAAUGGUUAGAUGUCACUUGCAAAAAAUGUAAAGUAUUAUUGGAUGUAGGCUGACAGUAUUUCAAAACGGUUGCCCUUUAAACUCUACAAGGAGCAUCCCUUUUUGUUUUGUUCAGGUUAAUUGGUGGAUUGGCAUAGAGGAAACAUUAUGCUAACGUUAGCAUAAAUUAUAUUAUCAUGUUGGCUUUCACUAGCUCCAUGGCUAGCAUUAACUCGGCCCAUUCAGCAAGUCAGCUUUUGCUUUAAAGUCAAAAUUAGCAUUUAAGCUAAUGCUAGCUUAAUCAUUAAUCAUAAAGAUGUCUUUUUGCCCCCUAGUGGUCAGGCAAAGCAAGAUUACAGAUGCUGUCACACCAACGUCCCUUAUCUGUUCGCAGGCCAGAUGCAGGCGAGGAAAGCUCAGACAGCCAUGUGCUCCCCUCACUAGUGCUGGCCAGCCUUGCAAAACGCAUGGACUUAGAUAGCCUGCUGUCAUUCAAUAACCUAAUCAGCCACAGGCUAUUUGCAUGGAGACAGUUGUGUCCUUAUUUCCAUGACAACAAGGUUGGGCAAGCACUCAGGAAUAAGAAGUUUCAGCGAUCUAUGAUGUGAAACACUGAGUAACCUUCGCUGAUGUGUGUGUGUGUGCGUGCGUGCGCUUGUGAGUGCGCGUGUUCGCUCCAUUAGACAAAAGCACCCGACCAACCUGUGAGAUUCAGCUUUCUCUGUGGCCUGUAUUGAUGCUUAUUGUUGGCAUAUAUUUUGAUAUAUUUGGAAAAUGUGGGAUAUACAGUUUAGAUAUUUUUGGAGUAGAAAGAGUUAUGUGUAUCAGAUCACUGUCACUUUGUCAUGCUCUCUGAAGAUUUCUUGGAUUUUUUUUAUUUUAUUUUAUUUGAAAGACUAUAUCAUCCUAACUGAUUUAAUGUAAUGUUGAGAGAAUAUUUAUAAAAUUUAAGUCCUUUGUGAAAAUGGUGACUGCGUUGUUU